AUGAUAGGGCAGCUGGAAGAGGCCAGGCUGCAACGCCUGCUAGCCAAGCUGAAGGGUCAGGGGAUGUUCGACGAGGUGCAGGAAAACACAGUGGACAAAAAUAUAGUGAAAAAAAUUGCCAUUCUGUAUGACGUGUUCAGGAGGAUAAAUGAGGGAAACGGAUCCAUUGGCGGGAGCGGCAACUCUGACUUCGUCUACACCAGUGACAUUAAGUAUGCAUUAAAAUACGAUGACUUCGUCCGGGUGAGAUUCCAUAUCAUCCCAGUGGAAAGAAAAAAAGGAAUACUCAAAUUGGAAGAGGAAGAUAAAAAAUAUCACUUCAUUGAAAAUAUGAAUAACAUCGUAAGUAACAUUUAUAACCCCUCCAGUUACGACCAAUUUUUAAAUAAUCGAAUGGAGGAAGACAAAGACAAAUUAAAGUGCAUGAUGAAGUGCCUGAACGAAAUUGAGUCGGCAUAUAUAUACAGGUACCGUAGUGACAACAACAUCAAAUUAACCUUUGAGAUUUUCUGUCACAAUUUUUACACCUUCUUGUCGUAUGACUAUAAAAGGAAAUCCUCCAUACAAGAUUUUCGUAACAAGUAUUCCAACGUGGAAGUGAGUAGCCCCUUUCAGUUGUCCACUCCUCAGAAUAUGAUUCAUCUAAACUCCAUCGGGACGGUGAUGCAUCCUUUUGCUGACCAGUACGAGACAGAGACCCUGGAGAAAUUGAAGCCCUUCAUCUUUGAGUCCCUCGAAAUGGUCAAGGAGCUCCACGGAACGGGUGAUAGGAGGUAUCCUCCGUUUGGUGCGGCCCAGCUCGACAACGACUUCUUCGUUAAGAAUACCCACUACGAGGAUGACAUGCGGCGCCUCAUUCGCAUGGAGAGGGCGGCCAACGAGUACAAGCGGUUGCGCGCGGGCCUGGCAAAGCGGUAA